GUCAUUGGACGACGCCUCGAGGUCGCACGUCUCUCGAUGCUCGAACGAGCGAGCGAGUCAGCCAGCCAGCUUAGCGAGCUUAGCCAGCUUAGCCAGUCAGCCAGGUAGCUAGCUAGUUCUUGCGUGUGCUGUGCGAGAGACUGUUUCGUUACGUCGAGUGCGCCGUCUUGAUUCUCCGUCGGAGAAAGAGAGAUAGAGAAAACGGACAUCCUCGGUGUGUGCUGCUGAUUCACAAUCGUGGUGCUGUUCGUGCGUGAUUACGCGUGCCCUCCACGGGUUCGUUGUCGAUCAGGUGUCCUUUCGCGCGCCGGCCCGUCGUCGUCGUCGAUUCGCGCUCGGUGCGCUCGCGAGGCGAUAGAUGCAGUGACGGUGACGACGACGACGACAACGACGACGACGACGGCGACGACGACGACGACGACGACGGCGACGACGACGGCGACGGCAGCGGUGAUGGUGAUAAUGAAGAUGAUAGUGAGAUAAAAGAACGGUGCCCGCCCAAUCACCGGCUGAUCUACUCGCGACUUGUGUCCCGAAGGGAAGAUCUUGCGUGUCCUGUUAGUUCGAUAAUAAUGAUACGACCAUUCGGUUCGUUUUACCGCCGUCAUCGUCUCGACCUCAUUUCCGUUUUGAUCGCAGGGGAUCGUGCUACGUAAACGUAACGUGAUCGUGGAACAUUCUCGGUGAUACGGUGUGAUGACACGGAUUCGCUAUCACGCAUGCCGACGUCAUCGCACCCACAUCUAAUACCUUUCCAUUCUGAUUUGUGGGCAAUCGACAAAGAGUUCGUCAGGGCGUUGAUAGGGCGACGAUCUUGAACCGCCGUCUACUAACUACAAAUCUCCUUCAUCCGCGCUGAUACGCUCAGGAUAACCAACGUUGACCUCAUCGUGACGGCGAUCGAUUGCCGUUUAAAAGCCUCACGGGCGUUCGUACGCGUCUCGUCGUCGCUACACGCGCUUACGCGAAGCCCUACUAUCGCAAAGACGUAACGAUUGCAUCAAAGAGGAAAAUUUCGAAACGGUAUCACGACAUCUCUUCACGAGAAAAACGCUUUCCGUGUCUUGCAAAAGGCAAAAUUUUCGUGAGUCCAAAUUUCUCAUGACUCAUUUGAAACACCGAGAGAAAUCUCAGCGGGAUUUUUUCGCGGUUACUCAACGCGGUGACGGACAAUUGCGUUUUACCCGGUGAAAGACGUACACUUUGGUGGUACGCAGCAACGAAUACAAGGGCAUUGGAUGUUUGUAUCCUACGGGAGAAUGUCAAUUGGACGAUUGGGUCACCGGAACGAGAGGCAGUCGAGUGGUGGUGCGGUGACCAGAUACGGCAGAAUUUGGAUCGCAAGGUGCCAGCUGGCGGACUAAUGCGGCCCCGCGAUGAUCGGCGGGGACGAGAAGACGGUGGUGGGUCCCAGGUGGAAGAACUAUGUAAGAGGAAACGAAGCACGAAGCGGGGGGGACGAGGUCAUCGUCUCGCCGCCGGUGGCGGCGUGGCUCAGGUGCCAGAAGGUGGCAGAAGAGGUGAAGGACUGCGACGGCGAGGUCGAGUCGAUAGAUGCAACGACGCGUCGUGGUUCCGCGAGGACAACAGCGGCGACGAUGUCCAGGAGCAUCGAGGCAGGCGGGCAACGCAGAUACUCGAUGCAGGAGGUCGAGGAGGACGACGACGGUGGUGGUAGCAGCCGCAGGAAACGAAAGAAGCGCCGGAAAACGCAGCGGAGCAAACAGUUGCAGCUGCAGCAACCGCAGCUGGAGGUGACGACUGGCGGCGGUCUGCAACGGUCACACGCACUCACUCUCGCCUCGUCAUCCGACGAGGUGGAAGCGGUAGGCGAGUGCUCGAAGAGGGACUCGUCGAGCAGCCUGGGCGGCGGUAGCCGGCACAACACGUUGCGGGAGUCCCUGCUGACGGUGCUAGGCAAACUGGUGAUCUGGAAGGGCACCAGGUACCGCUCCGCCACCGCCGCAUCGUCCUCUUCGUUGGCGCCACCGAAUUCGCCGCCCGCCACCGAGUGCAUCGGUCGUAGCACGUCCUUCUUCUCCAGCGAAACAGAGAGGCGGAUUCGCGCCAAUAAUCGCGAGUACAACUCACAGUUUAAUUACGCGAACAAUUACAUCAAGACGUCCAAAUAUUCGGUUCUGACGUUCCUACCAUUGAAUUUGUUCGAGCAAUUUCAGCGGCUCGCUAACUUUUACUUCCUAUGCCUCUUGGUGCUUCAAAUGAUCCCCGCCAUAUCCUCUUUGACCCCUAUCACCACAGCUAUACCGCUUAUAGGGGUACUCACGCUCACUGCCGUCAAAGAUGCCUAUGACGACUUUCAACGGCAUAGCAACGACUCUCAAGUAAAUAAUAGAAAAUCCCGGACUCUACGGGGUACUAAUCUUCGUGAGGAGAAAUGGUCGCAGGUUCAAGUGGGCGACGUAAUCAGAAUGGAGAAUGAUCAGUUCGUCGCAGCGGACGUUCUGCUGCUAUCGACGAGCGAGCCGAAUGGCCUCUGUUACAUCGAAACAGCAGAAUUGGACGGGGAGACAAAUUUGAAGUGUCGUCAGUGCCUGCCCGAAACUGCCGAAAUGAUGGACAACCACGAAUUGAUCGGCCAGUUCGAUGGAGAGAUCGUUUGUGAAACCCCUAAUAAUUUAUUAAAUAAAUUCGACGGAACGCUUACGUGGAAAGGAAAAAAGUACUCAUUGGAUAACGACAAGAUUAUUUUACGAGGCUGUGUGCUUAGGAAUACACAGUGGUGCUAUGGCAUGGUGAUCUUUGCGGGCAAGGAUACCAAACUGAUGCAAAACUCAGGGAAGACCAAAUUUAAGAGAACCUCUAUAGAUAGACUGCUGAAUCUUCUCAUUAUUGGGAUAGUGUUUUUUUUACUCUCCUUAUGUUUGUUCUGCAUGGUCGGCUGUGGUAUUUGGGAAAGCCUUGUGGGCCGUUAUUUUCAAGUGUAUCUACCGUGGGACUCGUUAGUGCCGAGCGAGCCUAUCACUGGUGCCACAGUGAUUGCCCUUCUCGUGUUCUUUUCGUACUCUAUCGUACUGAACACGGUGGUGCCAAUCAGUUUGUAUGUGAGUGUCGAAGUUAUUCGAUUUGUUCAAUCAUUUUUGAUAAAUUGGGACGAGGAGAUGUACUAUGCACCUACGAAAACGCACGCUAAAGCAAGGACUACUACCUUAAACGAGGAGUUGGGCCAAAUAGAGUACAUAUUCUCCGACAAAACCGGGACAUUAACGCAGAACAUAAUGACUUUUAACAAGUGUUCUGUGGCGGGCAAGUGUUAUGGCGACGUCAUUGAUGAAGUUACCGGCGAAAUUAUCGAUUUGAGCGAGACGGACAGAGCUGUUCCAACGGCGACAAUGCAGUGGAAGAACGGGCAAGAAUUUGUACGUCCAGUUUAUACACCAUUAAGUGGUCCAAAUGCACGUCUCCUGGAGCAAGCAGACAGGAUGCCUAAUACAACAUCGGAGUCUGGUAUCAACGGCAGUCAAAAGAUUCCACACAAGUCUUCAACAAUGCCACCUUUGGAUUUCUCGUUUAACAAGGAUUACGAACCUGAUUUUAAAUUCUACGAUCCCGCGUUGCUCGAAGCCGUGAGACGGGAAAAUCAAGAUGUCCACAAUUUUUUCAGACUGCUAGCACUUUGUCAUACCGUUAUGCCAGAAGAGAAAAACGGCAAGAUCGAAUACCAAGCACAAUCGCCUGACGAGGCUGCCUUAGUAUCCGCAGCUAGAAACUUUGGUUUUGUUUUUAAAGAGAGAUCGCCCAACAGUAUAACGAUUGAAGUAAUGGGAAAGAAAGAGAUAUACGAGCUUCUUUGCAUUCUAGAUUUUAAUAAUGUGCGAAAGAGGAUGUCCGUAAUUUUGAGAAAAGAUGGACACCUUCGAUUAUAUUGCAAGGGAGCUGAUAGCGUUAUUUACGAGCGAUUGAAAAAAGAUAGCGACGAGAUAAUGGCGAAGACACUGGACCAUCUAAAUAAGUUCGCAGGUGAAGGCUUAAGAACACUGUGCCUUUCCGUGAGGGAUUUGGAUGAAAGUUUUUUCAAUAAUUGGAAGCAACGCCAUCAAGAAGCGGCGUUAAGCCAGGAGCAUAGGGACGACAAGCUGGACGCAAUUUACGAGGAGAUAGAGAAGGAUAUGUCGUUAUUGGGCGCUACUGCCAUCGAGGAUAAAUUGCAAGACGGUGUACCUCAGACUAUCGCCAAUCUGAGUCUCGCCGGUAUCAAACUUUGGGUGUUGACCGGUGACAAACAAGAGACAGCUAUCAACAUCGGAUACUCGUGUCAGUUAUUAACGGAUGAUCUCACAGAUGUCUUUGUGGUAGACGGCACCACUUACGACGGCGUGGAAACGCAAUUAAUGCGAUAUUUGGAUACCAUUAAGUCGGCCUCGACCCAACAGAAACGGCCGACACUCUCCAUUGUCACAUUCAGGUGGGACAAGGAAAGCGAUACCGAAUACAAUCCUAGUAGAGAUGAACAAGACGAGCAUGAAAUGGAACAUUCAACAGGAUUUGCAGUAGUUAUUAAUGGGCAUUCUUUGGUUCACGCGUUACAUCCACAGUUAGAACAGCUUUUUCUAGAAGUGUCCAGCCAAUGUAAAGCUGUGAUAUGCUGUCGAGUGACGCCACUACAAAAGGCAAUGGUAGUUGAAUUAAUUAAGAAAAAUAAGUCCGCAGUCACUCUAGCAAUUGGCGAUGGCGCCAACGAUGUCUCGAUGAUAAAAACGGCUCACAUCGGCGUUGGUAUCAGCGGGCAGGAAGGAUUGCAGGCGGUGUUAGCAUCCGAUUAUUCGAUAGGGCAAUUUAGAUUUUUGGAGAGGUUACUUCUGGUCCACGGCAGAUGGUCGUACUACAGAAUGAGUAAAUUCCUUAGGUAUUUUUUUUACAAGAAUUUCGCAUUCACCCUUUGCCACAUCUGGUUUGCCUUUUUCUGCGGAUUCAGCGCACAGACUGUAUUCGAUCCUAUGUACAUUUCCGUAUACAAUCUAUUUUAUACCUCAUUACCAGUCUUAGCGGUUGGCAUUUUUGAUCAGGAUGUUAACGACAAGAACAGUCUAAUGUAUCCAAAGCUAUACACACCAGGAUUGCAAAAUUUGCUCUUCAACAAAAAGGAGUUUUGUUGGAGCGCUCUACAUGGAUUUUAUGCUAGUUGUGUAUUAUUUUUAGUACCUUACGGAACAUACAAGGAUGGGGUAUCGCCCAAGGGUUACGUACUUUCUGAUCACAUGCUGCUGGGCAGUGUAGUAGCCACUAUAUUAGUUAUAGUCGUGACCGUUCAAAUAGCCCUCGACACAUCAUACUGGACAAUUUUCAACCAUAUCAUGGUUUGGGGCUCGCUUAUUUGGUAUUUUAUUUUAGAUUAUUUCUACAAUUUCGUCAUAGGGGGUAGUUACGUCGGUAGUCUCACUAUGGCCAUGUCAGAAGCGACAUUUUGGUUUACUACAGUGAUAUCCUGUAUAAUUCUCGUGAUACCGGUACUGUCAUGGCGAUUCUUCUUCAUGGACGUUAGACCGACAUUGUCCGACAGAGUCAGACUGAAGCAGAGAUUAGCGCAGCUGCGUUCCCGUCAAAGCCAAGAUAUACUGCGUACUCCGUCUACAAGACGUACGAGGCGAUCUUUACGUUCAGGCUACGCCUUCGCUCAUCAAGAAGGUUUUGGCAGGCUCAUCACAUCUGGAAAAAUUAUGCGCAAAUUGCCAAAUGGUGCUGAUUUUAAGUUUUCUAUGCCGUUUACGAACAAUGUUACGAAGCAGGUUAACGUUGCUACGACAUCACCAAAGGACAACAGCGCAUCUAGAAAUUCACACACGCUGGACACGAUUAAUUUAUAAUAGCGCAAAUGUUUUAGUCAACUCAACGGACACUAAAGUGCAGGUGACUAGUGAAGUUCUCUUAAUUUUCUUGGUUACGAACAUUAAGUCAAAAUUGAACGCAUCAAAUUGGUCGGUUCUGGUGUAUCCCAUUGAAAUCGUGUUCCGAAUAUCUCAUUCUUUUAUGUGUGUUAAUUGAGAGGUGCGAGUGAUGUAUUGUAUGUAGUAUUCGAGAAGAUCUCGUGAAGCAUCGAUGUCUGUGAUUACGUUACAUUUAAUUUAAACAAUUAUUUAUUUGAGGAAAAUUUUGAUCAAUUAGAAACUCUUACGAUUUAUAACAGAUGCUUAUGAACAACGAUAGUACAUUAAAAUACGAAUGUAUGUAAUUUCUAACACAAUGAAUUCCAGUGGGAUACAUUGAGUUAUACUAAGUAGCAUAUGCUAUUUACGUCUAUACAUCACUGUUAAGCAUUUAUAGAUUUGUUACAAUUAUAACUUAAAUGUUAUGUAUUUACAUGUUCAAUAUUUUUAAAAUUAUAUUUUGCACUGUUUUCAAGUAUGUUGACGGUAUAUAGAUACUUGAUUUAAUAUUUUGUUGACACGAUUAUGUAUGUAAAUGAUGUUUUAUAAUAAUUAUAUACUUGUAUAGAAAAAUAGCUUAUGCUACAACAUAGACUACGAUCUGUUUUUAGUUAUAAAAUUUCGUAUUAAUAUAUGCGAAAAUCAAUCUUUAAAUAUCAUGUAAAUAAUAUUCGAUAUUUUUGUUCGAUAAAAGUUGAAAAAUGAUAAUUACGCAUCUUGAUUCCAUAUAUUAAUAUAAAACAACGUUGAGAAAGCAAGUAUUAAUAAAAAAUACAGAGGUGUAUGUUUUUUACCUUAUUGAAAUUAUGAUAUUAAUUUUCAAUUAUUGAAUACAUGAAUUUUAUUAUGAUUUAUUUAUACGUAUUAUAUAAAUAUAAAAUGUUAAUUUAUAACUUACAAAAAGUUGAGAGUUAUUUUAUACAAUUCAUAUGUCUUGAAAAGCAUUUUUUGCAUUGAAAACUUUAAACUGAUGGGAAAUAAAUUUUCAGCAUUUAAUAGUAUUUGUAAUCUUAUGGAUAAUUCUCAAUUUAUUUUAUUGAAAUUUGUAACGCGAAAACCAAUGCAAUAAUAAGAAAUAAUUUGCAUUGUUAUGCACUUCCUGUAUAUAUAAUAGAAGUAUUGUAUAGGUGUCAAAAUCUUGUAAUAUCUUAUCUUGUAUUAUACUAUUCUAAUACGAAUAUGAUUAUUGUAAAAACAGAAAAACGCGUUUACACGAUAUACUUUAAGAAUAAUAGUUACAUUGAUAAUUGCCUUUAUAAAACAUGGAUAUAACAAAUGAUUUAAAAUAUUGUAUCAUAGCAUUGACUGUAAAUAUUUUAAAGAGAUAUAUAUUAUAUAUUAAAUGUUAAGUAUACACAUUUUUUAAAAGAAAGUAAUAUAUAGAUAGAUCGAUUUAAAAAUUAAUAUGAAAAUAGUAGACUAUAUUAUAUUACACUAUUGCAGAUAAAGUUUGCCUUGGACUGACUAUUGAAUACAUAUAUUAAAGCGGAAAAACAGUAGCAAAACAAUAGAGAGUAUGUAUUUCUACUUUUAAUAUUACAAUGAAAUUUAGAAAGAAAUAGUUUGUACGGGAAAAGUAUGUUCCACAAUCAAAUCAUAAUUUUUGAAAAUGGAAAACAUUAGAAUUUUGGUUGCUUUUAAACAUUGUGCCUAAUCGUCAAACUACACAGAGUUUCUCGAGCUCUCCCGUGAUAUUUCAUUAGUUUAGAUUUAUGAUACAUAUACACACAUACACAUGUGCAUAUACAUACAUACAUACAUACAUACAUACAUACAUACAUACAUACAUACAUACAUACAUACAUACAUACAUACAUACACACACACAUACUUCAUUUUCUAUGUCAAUAACAAUUAUGAAAUAAAUAUAUUACUUUAACUUAUUAGUUCCAGGCGCAGCCAUUCAGUAGUUUAUAUCGCAAUCUCUUUUGUAUUACGUAAUAUAUUCAUCCAAAGUUUACAAUAUGAAAGUUGAUUCUGUAAAACAAUUUUCUGAAGUUUUUCUUUUGCUUGUCAUAAGAAAACGUCAAAUUUUUGAGUCAUUACAUUUUUGAAGAAAGUAAAUCAUCAUUAAUCCGUGAAAUGCUAGCAUAAUGUUCGCGUUCUUAAUUUGCUAAUGAUUCUUAUAUCUGGUUAUUUGUUAUAAAAUUUUUAUUCUGUUUUUCUAAAAUAAAAUUAAAUUACAAAUAACAAGGCAUUAUUGAAUGACUCUUUUGCAUGGUAAAGUAAAAUUUUGUUAAUAACAAUAUAAAUAAACUAAAGAAAUAAUUUGGAAGAUAUAUUUAUAUAAACACACUACAGAAUUCUAUAUUUUGUUAAAUUGAAAUCAUGUUAUCAUAAAACUUCUAUGUUCGAUGCUUCUUGUUUCUUCUCUACAUGUGGAAAAAAUAAGCUUAUAACAUUCUUUAUAAAAGCUGUUUAUGUGCAUUCAUUUUGCUAAUAUUUCGCGUUAUAUAACGUGUGUAUAUGUAAUUUAUCAACUAUACGAAUUACUUUCAAAAUUGAAUAUAAAAAUUUUUUAAUUUUUGUUGUAUAUUUGUAUGUGAGUUUCAGAAAUAUUAAAUAAGUUUUAUUUUAAAAAAACUUAGAGACUAAAAUUUUUCUGCUAACAUCCAAAAUACUACCUUGAGUUAUCGCGUGU